AUGGGCCCGCGCCCCUGCGGCCGGCUGGAGGGGCAGGUGGCCUCCUGGCAUUGCCUGGCGAAGGAGGUGCGUGCUGGUGUAGGUCUUGCGUGUCAAAAUGCCUCCAAGGCCUUUGGGAAGUUAGAAGAGGUGGAGGGCUCUGGAGCAGAGCUGAAGGCUGGGCAGCAGCACUACGAGGGGGCAGUGGUCAUCCUGGACGCGGGGGCUCAGUACGGGAAGGUGAUCGACCGCCGCGUGCGCGAGCUCUUCGUCCAGUCCGAGAUCUUCCCCCUGGAGACCCCGGCCUUUGCCAUCAGGGAGCAAGGCUUCAGAGCCAUCAUCAUCUCUGGAGGACCAAACUCAGUGUAUGCAGAAGAUGCCCCCUGGUUUGACCCAGCCAUAUUUACCAUAGGAAAGCCAGUUCUGGGGAUCUGCUAUGGCAUGCAGAUGAUGAAUAAAGUCUUUGGAGGCACAGUGCACAAGAAGAGUGUCAGAGAGGAUGGAGUGUUCAGCAUCACCCUAGAUAACACAUGUUCACUCUUCAGGGGCCUCCAGAAGGAAGAGCUUGUGCUCCUCACCCAUGGAGACAGCGUGGAUAAAGUAGCAGAUGGAUUCAAAGUGGUUGCACAGUCUGGGAACAUCAUAGCAGGCAUAGCCAACGAGUCCAAAAAGCUCUAUGGAGCCCAGUUCCACCCUGAAGUCAGCCUGACAGUCAAUGGGAAGAUGAUCCUGAAGAACUUCCUGUAUGACAUUGCUGGGUGCAGUGGCACCUUCACAGUGCAGAACAGAGAGCUUCAGUGCAUCCAAGACAUCAAGGACAAAGUGGGCUCCUCCAAAGUGCUGGUGCUGCUGAGCGGCGGCGUGGACUCCACGGUGUGCACCGCCCUGCUGAACAGAGCCCUGAACAGGGAGCAGGUCAUAGCUGUGCACAUUGACAACGGCUUCAUGCGCAAGAGGGAGAGCCAGGCUGUGGAGGAGGCCCUCAAGAAGCUGGGCAUUCAAGUUAAAGUGGUGAAUGCAGCUCAUUCAUUCUACAAUGGCACAACCACUCUGCCCAUCUCAGAUGAGGACAGAACUCCAAGGAAAAGGAUUAGCAAGACCUUGAACAUGACCACAAGUCCUGAAGAAAAGAGAAAGAUCAUUGGUGACACCUUUGUGAAGAUUGCCAAUGAAGUUAUUGGAGAAAUGAACCUGAAACCUGAAGAGGUUUUCCUAGCUCAGGGCACCCUCAGGCCUGACCUGAUUGAAAGUGCUUCCCUGGUUGCCAGUGGCAAAGCUGAGGUCAUCAAAACUCACCACAACGACACGGAGCUGAUCCGCAAGCUACGGGAAGAGGGCAAAGUAAUAGAACCCCUGAAAGACUUCCACAAGGACGAGGUGCGAGUGCUGGGCAGAGAGCUCGGCCUUCCUGAGGAGCUGGUCUGCAGGCAUCCCUUCCCAGGGCCUGGCCUGGCAAUCAGAGUGAUCUGUGCUGAGGAGCCUUAUGUGUGCAAAGACUUCCCUGAGACCAACAACAUCUUGAAAAUAGUUGCAGAUUUUUCUGCCAGUGUGAAGAAGCCACAUACUUUGCUGCAGAGGGUCAAAGCCUGUACAACUGAAGAAGACCAAGAGAAGCUGAUGCAGAUCACCAGCCUACAUUCACUGAAUGCCUUCUUGUUACCCAUCAAGACUGUGGGAGUGCAGGGUGACUGUCGCUCCUACAGCUAUGUGUGUGGGAUCUCCAGCAAGGAUGCUCCCCACUGGGAGUCUCUCAUGUUCCUGGCCAGGCUCAUCCCUCGCAUGUGCCACAACAUCAACAGAGUUGUGUAUGUGUUUGGCCCACCAGUCAAGGAGCCCCCCACAGAUGUCACCCCCACCUUCCUGACCACAGGCGUCCUCAGCACUUUACGCCAAGCUGAUUUUGAGGCUCACAAUAUUCUCAGGGAGUCUGGUUACGCCGGCAAGAUCAGCCAGAUGCCGAUCAUCCUGACGCCGCUGCACUUCGAUCGCGACCCCCUCCAGAAGCAGCCCUCCUGCCAGAGAUCUGUGGUCAUCAGAACGUUCAUCACAAGUGAUUUUAUGACUGGGAUUGCAGCAACCCCUGGUAAUGAGGUUCCAGAAGAGGUUGUGUUAAAAAUGGUGGCAGAGAUUAAGAAGAUCCCUGGCAUCUCCCGGGUGAUGUACGACCUGACGUCGAAGCCGCCGGGGACGACGGAGUGGGAGUAACUCGCUCGGCCCUGGCCUUUUGUUUUCUAUCCAAGUACUGUGUGCAGGCUAGAAGAAAAGAAAGAAAUCAUAUCAGAAACCAUUCCCAGUGUUGACAUGCAGUACUGUGAAAGAGUGACUGGAGCUGCUACUUGGCAUCAUAUUUCCUCUCCUGGAGCAUCGCCCUGCAGUUCAGAGCUGUGCUGGAGGCAGCGAGGAGGUGGGGCUGAGGGUUUGUACGGGUAACUAGCGGCGGUGCGCAGACAGCUUCCCACUGCUCUUCUCUUGGCCUUUUCUCUUACCCAUUCUCCCAGCCCUCUUGUAACUGUCCUUCCAGUCUCUCUCUUGUUUUGGGUUUUGGGGUUGUUUUUGUAUGCUGCAGUUCACUUCCUCCUCCCCCCCCCUGCCCAGGCCCCCCUGCCCGGGUUCGCUGUGACCAAGCCCUUUUGAACGGAUUUCCUAUGAAUAAAUAUUUUGCCAAAUUGGAGCAGUGGAGUUGUGGAGCUGCAACCUCUCUCUCUUGUGUGCUGUUCAUAGCCUCUUCUCUGUUCUUUAACCUUUUCCUGUAGGCCAGUGGCAAUAACCCUCCAGCUCCCAAAGGAGCAGAGCUCAAGCGUUAGGACGUUCGCCUCUCGCCCGUCUGUCUGUCCUGGCUCCCUCCCGCAGCGCUCGCUGGGCACCGGCUCCCCUCUCCCUGCACACUUACCACCUGUGUGCUCACACCAGGCUCCAGACAUGGCUCAGCUCUGUGUGUUUCUGGGGGCUCUGCUGUGGGAGUGCAGUUGGGAAGCUGUUGCACCAGAGCUGCUGGCUCUGCAGAUCCUCUGUUCUGGCCACCCCGCUGCCCUGGCAGCCCUGCUGCCCUUCUGCCUUCUCCCCUCGGUGGUGGUUUGUUUCCCACCCUCGGUAACA